AGGGUGUGUUUUAUGUACCACUGCAGCAUCAGUGCAAAGACGACAGGAGAAAAGGCACGACUCAGUGGACAGGAGAGACAACAUAAAGACACGGAGGAGAAGACGGAGACAGAGACGAGAGCCUGACGAGGAGGGACAGAGACAGAAGGAUAAAAGGGAGACGGAGGGAGAGACGAGACACCUGCAGAGUCGGCAGCAGGAGCACGGAGCGUGGGCCUGGCAGAGAGGGAGCCUCAAUCAGAGCCUCACUUCGGACUGUGAAAGCCACACACACACCCCGACUUAAAACACAGUUGUUUACCCGUCUCCACUCUCCAGAGGGUCUGGGAGCUCCCUGAAGUGUGUGUGUCUGGUUGGGUGCAAAGGGUGGGAGGGUGUGUGUUUUUUUUAUUUGUUAAUGAGUGUGUGGGUGUCUCGCGUCACUUUUCAUGGGACAUUGAGAGAUGUGUGUGUCACAGCAUCGGUGGACGGGCUAUAGGGGGCUGUGCUCCCCCGCCCUCCCCCUGAUCCUCCUCCUCCUCCUCCCUCUGUCCUUCCUCUCCUCCACGCCUCCGUUUGCUCAGGGAGCCAUCCACAUCCCCAAAGACUAUAAAGUGCAUAAAAUGUUACAGCCUCCACUCCUGACAAAGAUGCCGACAUCGUACACAGCCUUUUCUCUUGAGGACAUCUAUCUGCCAUGUGAGGCCUCUGGUAACCCAACACCCACUUUCCGCUGGAUGAAGGAUGGCAAGUUGUUCGGGUCGGAGCAUAAUGAGUCCGGGACAUUGUACGCCGAAGAGGAGGAGCCCCUGGAGUUUUACGAAGGCAAAUACCGCUGCUUUGCCUCCAACACCCUGGGGACCGCCAUGACACAAACCAUACAGGUCAUCGUAGAAGCUCAACCAGUUAUGGCCAAACAACAGAAAAUACAUUUGAGAGCCUUCGAAGGCGAGAGCAUGGUCCUGACCUGCCGUCCUCCGCACAGCUCAGAUCUUCCGCUCAUCCACUGGAUGGACAAGAAGAUGGUGCACAUCAAGCAGAGUGAGAGAGUGAUGGUCGGCCAGGAUGGGAACUUGUACUUUUCUGAUCUUCUAAAGAGCGACACCAGAGACGACUACACCUGCAACGCCCAGUAUACAGCAGCCAGGACCGUCCUCCCUGACACUCCCAUCAGGCUCACCGUCAUGCCCAGUAAUGAUGUCAGUCAGGUCAGAGUACCCCGCCUCUUCCGUCCCACCGGCACCCACACCACCAUCAUGGCCCUCAGGGAGAACAGUGUCACCCUCGAAUGUAUCCCCACAGGCCUACCCACUCCGGUGGUCAAAUGGAAAAAGAAGGACGGUCACAUGCAUGAAACGAGCGGGAAACUGGAGGCCCAUGACCACUGGCUUCACUUCGAGAGCGUCACCCAGAAUGACGACGGGGAGUACGAGUGCAUAGCCUCCAACAAUGUAGGCUCCGUGUCACACGCCUUCACUCUCACUGUGGAAGCUGCUCCGUACUGGGUGAAGGAGCCUCAGAACCUGCUGUACUCUCCCGGGGAAACUGUGCGACUGGAGUGUCAGGCUGAAGGCAUCCCGACCCCCGCCAUCACCUGGAGCAUCAACGGUCAGCCAGUCACAGAGGUGGACGCUGAUCCUCGUCGGAGAGUAGCAGAAGGCGUGUUGAUACUGAGGGAUGUUGAGUUUGCUGACACCGCUGUGUAUCAGUGUGAGGCCACCAACAAACACGGCGCCAUCCUCCUCAACACCUACCUUUACGUCGUAGAGCUCCCGCCUCAGAUCCUGUCCUCUGACGGAGUGGUGUACAGAGUCACUGAGGGCGGAAACAUCAUGCUGCACUGUGAAUCCUUCGGCUCGCCACCACCUCACGUCACAUGGGAGGGUGGGGUCAAGCUCCCCCUGCUGUCGGACCCUCGUGUCUCACUGCUGACCAACGGGACCAUCAAGCUGUCGGGGGCCAGUCACGAUGACACCGGAGAGUACACCUGCUCCAUCAAACACUCCAACAUCUCCAUCUCUGCUCACCUGGAAGUCUUCAAUCGAACACAGAUACUGACGGAGCCGCAGCACUUGCGCACGCUCCGAGGAACCAGCGCUCUGCUGGACUGUGACUUCUACAAAGACCCUCAGCUGCUGCAGUACCGGAUCAUCUGGAGCAAAGACGGACUGGAGCUGCAGGAAUCGUCACCAGAUGACAAGUACACUAUCUUUGAGAAUGGCACCUUGAAAGUGACAAACGUCCACCCAGAGGACAACGGGGUUUAUUCCUGCGAGGUCAAAACUGACCUGGACCGUGUGAAGGCCAGUGGCUCCAUCACUGUCGUAGCGCGGCCGGAUCCUCCCAAAGAACUGUCUCUGUCUGAUAUCGAGGACCACAGCCUCACUCUCAGCUGGAUCCCAGGACACUCACACAACAGCCCCAUCAUAGAGUUCAUCGUGGAGGCCCGGGAGGAGCAGCACUCAGAGGAGGGGCAGUGGAAGUGGGAGGAGUGGAAGAAAGUGUCCGGGGAGUUCAAUCACUUGGAGCUGACCCUCCACCCCUACUGCACCUACCGCUUCAGGGUCAUCGCCAUCAACGAGAUCGGCAACAGUGAACCUAGCAAGCCCUCAGAGCACCGCAGCACGCCGCCAGCUGUCCCUGACAAAAACCCCACUGGUGUGCGCAGUGAGUCCAUAGACCCAAAGACUCUGAUCAUUACCUGGGAUGAGAUGGACAAGCAUUUGCAUAACGGCCAGGGCUUCCAGUACAAGGUGUAUUGGCGGCAGGCUGGGGGUGCGGAUGUCCGCUGGAACACCGCCGACGUACAGUCUCCGCCAUUCAUGGUAAACAACACAGGAACGUACAUGCCGUUUGAGAUCAAAGUCCAGGCUGUCAACUCACUUGGAGCAGGACCGCCACCGAAGCCUGAGAUCGGACACUCCGGAGAGGACGUGCCUGAAGAAGCUCCCACUGGAGUCACAACAACUGUGAUCAACAGCACAGUCAGAGUCAAGUGGAACGAAGCCAAGAAUGUCCGAGGUCUGCUGCUGGGAUACAAGAUCUACAUCAGGAGGAUGGGACCUCAUGGGGGUCGGUUGCGGAGGUCUCUCGGCAAAGUGCACCACGAGAAAGAGGACAGAUCAGAGCGAGGGAAGGACAGAGACAGGGGGAGUCGGGUGGUGGUGGUCCACGGCAUGAAGACAUCAGAGGAAGUGACGGGGCUGCAGCUGUAUUCUCGGUAUGAGCUGUCUGUUGCUGCCUUUAACAGCAAAGGAGGGGGGCCUCAUUCCCCGCCGCACCACUUCAGCACCCCGGAGGGAGCACCUGGUCCUCCUGCAUCGUUGACAUUUGACAGUCCUUCAGAGAAAUCACUGAUCCUCUACUGGACCCCUCCAGUUGAACCCAACGGUGUCCUGCUGGGAUACAUGGUGCAGUAUCAAGAGGAGGUGGAGACCAGAGACAGCCUGCUGCAGAUGGAGAUCAUCAGCGAUCCCAGUGUGACACACAUUAUGUUGGACUCUCUGGACCCCAGCAGCUACUACAUCUUCAAAGUGAUCGCACGCACCGCCGCUGGAGAUGGACCUCCCAUCACACGGAGGGGCGCCACCCUGCUGGACGGAGUUCCUCCGUCCAACAUCAGCAUCAUCUCCAGUAACACAUCACUCAACCUGAGCUGGGUGCCCGGAGAGCGGGACAGGAACCACGGCUUCAUCAUCCGCUACUUGAGGAAGAGUCUCGACGCUAAGUGGGAGGAGACAGAGGUGGUGAACUCCACGCAGGGUUUCUAUUCGCUGAAAGGCCUCCAACCAGGAUCUCAGUACCACCUGAUGAUCAAGCACGAAAACAACACCAUGUGGGAAGAUGUGAAGUGGACCAUGGGACCAGUGCCGUCACAGAUGCCCGGAGGCUUCGCCACCCAGGGUUGGUUGAUAGGACUCAUCAGCGCUAUCGUGCUGUUGGUGCUGAUUCUGCUCAUCCUCUGCCUUAUCAAACGCAGCAAGGGCGGCAAAUACGCAGUGAAGGACAAAGAGGACAAGGAGGUGGACUCUGAAGCUCGGCCGAUGAAAGACGAGACCUUCGGAGAGUACAGUGACGCAGAUGAGAAGCGCUCAGACAGCCAGCCGUCUCUGUGCGGGGAGAGCAAGCUGGGCAGCGACGACUCUCUGGCUGAAUACGGGGACAGCGUGGACAUCCAGUUCAACGAGGACGGCUCGUUCAUCGGCCAGUACAGUGGCCGGGGGCCUGUCACCCACGGCAACGAGAGCUCUGGUCCCGCCUCUCCCGUCAACGCAGUCCCGCCUCCACCCAUCGCUCCAUCCAUGUCGAGCAUCCUGAACCGGCCCAGCUAGACACACACAUACACACAUGACAAAAAUACACACACACACACACAUACACACUGCCUGCCUGCAACAAAACACAAAGGGACAGACCACUCCUGACUCCACUGCCUGUUAUGUAAAAUUGCCAGAACACACACACACACACAAACAUACACACAUACGCAUGCACACAAACUCACACUGUCUCAGUACAUUCCACAGGUUUAUGCAGUGAAGAUGUUUACAGGAUGUCUCACCUUUCUACUCCGAGUUUACACACACACACACACACACACACACGCAACACAUUCAAUCAGAAAGAGCUUCACUCUUCCAUCAGACAGACAGAGGGAGGUGGAGGACAGGAGUCAGUUGCACCAGCUGUUUAAACUUAGACAAGUUACAAACAGGGUUUCCAUUUCACGGACACAUGGGAGAAACUCUGGUCGAAUAUGAUGAUGAUGUUUAUUGAUCUUAAAAGCAGUCGAUUGGCAGGCUAUAUAAAAAAAUGACAUCAUCAAGACAUGUAGAUUUUAGAGAUGUCAUGGUGGGGACAUUUUCCUAGUGGGUAAUAAACGCCGGUGUUACAGAUUAUGAUGGAUAUUUACGAUAGAAGAAAUUUGUUGAUGGCGCUGUGUUAAGUUACUGCUGAUGCAAACGGAAAAUUUAUUUACUGCUGCAGCGUCUACUUGACUUUUAUUAUGAUGGGGUCACAGGAAAUGAAAUGCGUUCGUCGGUGACAUUAGCCCUCAUGCUACCGUUUAUCAAAACUACAUCUACCAAAACAAGGCCAGGGUAAUUUUUGGCAUUUCUUUACAGCAGAUAUUGCAGGGAGUGAUGGAACAAGAAGGAGCAGUCACGAAAUGUUCCCAUAUUUUGCUUUUCGCUUCGAAACCAAAUCCUCUGCCAUUGUCUUGUCGAAUAGCCUAGCCUUCAUUACUUUGGGGAAUUGUAAAGAAAUUCCUUAAAGAUUUGGGCCUAAAUAUUCUCAGAUAAAACAAAAACGGAAUAAAAAAUAUUUGCAAACAAACCAAAAACUACAUGCUGGCCUUUCUGGCUUUUAACAUCUUAAUAAGCUUUUCCUGUUCUAUUUGCGUUUGCUACAGGCCACAUUCAUAAGAAUAAAAAAAAGAUCAUUUUUAAAUAGAAGGCUAUCUAUAAUUUUAAUUUUAGCUCAUUUUAACUUUCAAAUUCUGUGUAAAGGGAAUUAUUUUAACCCAAUAUUACGACCAGAGAGAUUUAAAUAUGCCGGACUUCAACAGGAAAAAAAUGACCAGAUAACAGAAACUCUGGAUACAACAUAAGUGUUUACUAAGUUGAUUAACGCAGGUUGCACCAGACAAACUAGUUCUUACGUAGAGAUCAGUUGUUACGAAGUAUUUACAUCCAGGAACUUCUUGACAAAAUGGUCAAGUAGCAGAGAACAAGCCAAACCCGACAUAUGAACCAUUUGGAGCAACGACACGAGCUAACUGGAAAUGUGUUCAACAUCAGUGGGUAAAUGUGACGAUGAUGUGGAUAUUUAUGUUCAUAACCGGAUCAGAUGAUGAGGAUUGUGGGCCGACAGAUUAUGUCGGAAAUCUGAUGCUGCAGUCGGCUUCCUUGUUUACAUUUUCAGAUGCUUUCUGAUUGGAUGCUGCCACAGAUGUUGCUCGGUAACCAAUUCACACACCUAACGGUUUUACCUGGUUGUAACUCGUCUGACUAGUUGGAGACUGGAUAGCAGUGACAAAUAAACAGCUGGUGCAGCUCAGUCCAGGAGAGGAAGAUGAUGGUUGAUGUGAUGAAGAGUGAGACUAAGAAAAGGGAGAUUUCAUCUUGUCUGACCAAAACGUCUCCCACUCAUCCUGUCCAAACAUUUAUUCUGUUUAACUCAUUUAAGUUGUUGUUUUUAUGUAAACAUCACCCUUUUCAUUCAUAGUUUUUAUAUUCUGUGCAUCAUCAUCAUCAUCAUCAUCAUCAUUAAACGUCACCACUAUAUGUCCUUGUUUAUGCUGUUUACAAGCUAUUUAUUUGUGUUUGUGUGCAUGCGUCUGGGGAUGAUCUUGCUAUUUAUUGAUGUGUGCGUGGCCGUGAGAGCGGCUCCCAAAAACCUAAGAUGCAUGCCCCUCCCUGAGGCAUCCGAAAAUCACUCAGUUGAUAUUUAGUGUUUGAGUUUAGAGACUGACUGUUACUUUGUGUGUGUGUGUGUGUGUGUGUGUGUGUGUGUGAGUGAGUGAUUGUUCGUGCUCUCAGUCGCUGCCCUGUAACCCGUGGCGAUUGGAGAUCUGUUGCCUUAAUAGAGUCCAGUUGAGCCUCCUCUCCUCCGUCUUUCUGUCCAUCCAUCUGUCAAUCAUCCGUUUGUCCUCACACACACACGCACACACGCACACACGUUCCUUUUCAUUCAUCCUCCUGUUUGCUUGGCAGGUGAAAUGCAGGAUCAGGAUGCUACGGUGGCCCAGAGAGCUCACAGCACCACAAACACACACAAAAAGGGAACACGAUGGGAAUGACUGAUGAAACAGUUCAUUUAACUUAAUCUAUAUUUCACCCGCAAAAGGACCAUUUUUACAUCCAUUACUCACCACGAUGAGUUUGUGAAGAGAACGUGUUGUUUCUCACAUGCCUCCAUGGUGCAAAAAGAACCCAGAGGUGAACAUUCUCCAUAAAUUUAAGAAGUCAGGAUCCACUUUUAACAACUGAGAAAACACAUCAAAACAUCAGUUUACAAACUCUACACAAGUCAUGCAGUAUUAUCCAAGUCUCAUUUAUGCAAUCAUAUGAUCAGUGCUUCACAAAUACGACUUUUCACUAAAUCAUUAACAUGUGAAACACUUCCGCCUACAAGUAGGUCGCCCUGAGCAUUUCUGAGCAUGUGCAUACACAAGAGACAGAGCAGAUGACAGGCUGCUGAAAUAACAGAAGGAAGAGAAGAAUUAGAAAUUUGUGGUGUUAAUCUGUCUUGGGCCCAAAAGCUCAGGUGGGUUUUUGGCCUGAUCAAAGCUCUAGUUUAUACUGACACAUUUUAUGUUUCAGUGUCUUAGUGGAAAUGCUUGUGUUUGUUAAGUCCUGAUCAUACGACUGGAUCAAUGAGACUUGGAUUAUACUGCAUGUGCUGUGUGAGAGUUGAACACGGAUGUUUUCAUAUAGUUUUUAUGUUGUUAAACGUUGAGUAAUUGAUAUACAAGUUAUCAUUUUGCCGGUGAAGUCUUCCUUAAAUAUUCUGAUUGCAUGACUGCAAUAUUAUGUAAUAUUUGUACUGGUGAGAUAAAAAUCAGCAAAAAGGAAAAAAUUAGAUUAACAGCAAAUAUCUGCAAUAAUAUGUCGAUCUGCAAUCCGAAGGUUGAAACAAACAUGGAGGAAUGUCAAUGAAAGAAAGUCAACUUCAGUGACAUCAUGCACCAAAAACCGUGGCAACAAGCAGUGUUUCCCAGCUGUGUUCAGGUGUGGCUCCUAGAAAUGGUUAUUUUAUUUUUGUUUUUGUCUAUUUACAUGCGUUUUCUUAAGCUGCAGUGCAUUGAGCCUUUAGGGCCACCGUAGAGUAUUAUUACAGACAGAAAUACACACACACACGCACAUCUUACACACACAUAUAUACUGAUGCAUGCAUAAAUUAAAGGACUAUGGAAACCACAUGGAGGGCCGGUCCUCUGUAGCAAAACCAUUUUGGACCCUCUGAAGGAGAGAGGGAGGAUGGAGGAAGAGGAGGACAGACAAACAUGAGGAGGAGGAGGAGGAGUUGACAGAAAUAGAGAAUCUGACGUAUCGUUCUCUGAAUGUAAAUAGAACCUUGAGAUUGUCAUUUUUUUAUUUCCAUUGCUUCUUUUAUAAGAUGAUCAAAAUGUAAUUGUUUUUUCAUUAUCUGUUGCUCUGUAUGAUUUUGUACUGCCGCGCUCCUCCGCUGACCUGCUGCAGCCUUUGUAUCAUACAACCCCUCCCCCACCCCGCCAUCGUCUCCUCUUAGGUUUUCCUCUUGUGUCACCUUGUAGCUCAGAGACAUUUAGAGAAGACUAGAACCAUAGAACCACCCCUCCCCUUCAUCCAGUUUCUUUAUAGCGCUUAGAGAUGCAGCAGAUAAUAUUGAUUAUUAAGAAGUCACGUCAUAAAUGUUAACAUUUAUACACCUCGCCAUGGC